AUGACGUAUGCAAAAAUAAUUGUUCUUGAUAGUCAAUUUACUGGAAAGAAAACAAUACAUAUAGUUUAAAAUACUUGGCCCUCGAGCUCUUACAACACGGAUAUUAUUACAAGCGCCAAUAAUUGCUGCGCAUUAUCUGAAUGAUUUCAUUUUGUGAUUCUACUGCCGGACGACCCGGAUUGUUUGUGGAUAUUUCAGAAACAAAUUCUUUUCAAGGCUGACAAAUGCGUCUUUGAUAAGGUUAAAACAUUUGAUAUGGAGGUGCCAGGACGUAAGGAGAGCAGUGAUGAUAAGGUCAAGCGAAAAUGCCAACCCUGCCAAGACGAAAAUGUUCUUCAUGAAGCUUACGGCUAUUGCAUAACAUGUGGAAAAUACUUGUGUGAUGCUUGCUUCAAAUAUCAUCGUCGACCAAAACCUUCCAAAGAUCACGUUCUUGUUGAAUGCAAGACCAUUUUGUCAAAAGAAAGAGCCCCCACGCCUCCAGACCCAGAUAAACAUAAGGUUUCAGAUGACCAGGAUCUGCAGCAAGGUGAAAAUAAUGAUAAAUGCAAGACAAAGAAAUCUCCCCCACCAGUUCCAAGCAGAAAGGGGAUAUUCAAUACAAAAUGUUCUGUUCACCCUUCAGAAGAUCUUAAAUAUCAAUGCAAAAGUCAUGAAAUAAUUGUAUGUAGCGAAUGCGCUUUAAAACAGCAUAGACAAUGUGAUGAGCUGUACAACAUUCAUGAUAUUUAUGAUUCUGAAAGUAAACGCAUUUUUUCAAAAAUCCAAUAUGUAGAAGAUAAAGCAGCGUAUAUACUAAAGCAAGAAACAAAUGCCAACGAAGAUUCUGACGUAUCCUAUGAGGAGGUUUUGUCACAAAUCCGUUUAGAUAGAGAGCAAGUUAACAAAUAUUUUGACGAAACCGAAAAACGCUUAAACAAUGAGGUUUAUAGAUUCCGAGAGGGAAGCAAGAAGAGGCAGACGGAGGUGCUCGAUAUAUGUCAGAAACUUAAAACGAAAAAAGACUUAAUACGUGAUACCAAUUUAUCAGAAAUUGAGAGAUACAUAUCAAUGACCGAAGGAGAGGGCGAAGUAGACAACAUAAAGAGAGAUCUCAAGGGAGUUUUCGGUCUGAGUUUACGUGUUUCUUAUAAAUCACAGUACCAAAUGCUUGAUUCGGAAAACUUUGUUGUCGAGAAACAUCAAAGACGUAAACUUAAGCUUCAAAAAAAGCACUGCAUACAGUCGUGUGAUAUGUCUGGCAAUAUCUUAAGAGAUUUUCCAUAUAUAGAUGACAAAAUGCGUGGACCAUUUGGUAUUACCGCUGACCAAUUUCAGUCAAUCUAUGUAUGCGGAUUUAACUGUUUAAGUGUGGUUUCAAUUGAAGGGGAAUGGAAUGAACUUCUGACAAGUGAUGGCGGAUUUGCACCACAGUCACUCCUUGUCAGUAAUAGGUCAGACAGACUUUACGUUGGACAAACAAGAAAACAAUCGAGUGCUGAUUUUGAUUUUCUUAUUUUUGAAUUAUGA